AUGUACAUCGACGAAGAUCAAUGGUUCGGAACAUUGACAGGUUUAAAAUCAGGUCUUCUUCUUUCACCAAUCGCAAUAAUAAAGCAAAACAACAGUCACUAUCUAUGUCGAAAAUUAAUCGUUCCCUUUGGACAAGUUCAAGCAAUCAAGAAAUCGAAUGACGAUCAUCAAACUGUGACUAUAGAACGAAAAUCAUCAUCAACAUCAUUUAUUCAUGAAUAUUUUGUUUUUAUUUUGAAUGAUCGAUUACGUAUUCUUCAACCAACUGAUAGUCCAACAGGUUGGCUCUAUUUAGCAUUGUUACAUGCAAUGACAUCGCAUUCUUUACCCGACCAAUACAUGGGAAUGACUGGUAUGGAACGUUGUUUUCAAUUGUUGCAUUCAGCAGGCUGUUGGUCUGCUCAACCUUAUGAUUCAAUUACACGAAAUAUUCUUCUUCAAAUUGCAACUAUUUCACCCAAAGUUAAUUUUUAUCCAGAGCAUCUAACUUGUAUGAUAAAAAUCGAUUGGAACGAGAAUAGUUUACCGUACUCAAUGCAACAUUUCGGUUAUUAUUUGAUAGUAAAGAAAUUAGUUGAGACAAGUGAAGAAUGGAAUUUCAUGUAUCCAUCAUCCAUCUCUAAUGAUGAAAUACAAAAAUUCUUUCAAAGCAAAAAAUAUAAUGAAAAAUUAUUGGCUAAACUCUAUUGGGACUAUCGAGAUUCGUACAACCCUACAGCUCGACUAUCUGCACAGAUGGAAAAAGAGAUUUGUUGCACAAAUUCGACAAAAUCAUAUCAACCAGUAUGGAACAGUUGUUCAUAUUCAACGAACUACAGUCCUCUUCGCCUUUUAGAUCAUUUAUAUGAUAGUGGAGAUGUAAAUUUGAAAGAUAGCGAAGAACUCAGAUGUUUUCCUUUAUCUCGAUGGCUUAAAGAUGAAUAUGAACUUAAAAAUAUUUGGAUUGGUUUGUUUAAAUUAGCCGAACAGCUCAAGACGGUCGAAAGUGAUCAUAAAAAAGAUGAUAUUGAGCGAUUUGAAAUGUUACUAGACUUUCUGCAUUAUAUUUCUAGUAAAUGUUCGAGCGAACCAUUUUAUUUGCAAAUGCUUAAAUCCAUAUUGAAAGCACCAACUUUACCAUUGGGAUCUAUCUCAUACCCUGAAUUUACUCGAUACGAACAUAUUCAGGAAAUUACAUU